UCUGUACACACCAAAAGAAAUGUUAUUGCAUGCACCAAUGAUUGUUUUAAUUCUCUUUUCAGCAGGCCACUGCUACACCUGACAGCAGUUGUGAGUUAAUGGAGGUUCUGGUGUUGCCUGAUUCUGAACUGGGCCCUUCAGAUGUACCACCACACACAGAUCUGAUUGGGACCCAGGCUGAUGUGGUGGAUGGUGCUGAUGAUGUCCUUGAGCUGCCAAAGUCUCCAGCAGUUCAUGAGAACAUGGGAGAAGAGGCAUCAUUAGCCCCACAGCAGCUGCAGCCCACUGGAACUCCAAACACAGAUCUGAUUGGGACCCAGGCUGAUGUGGUGGAUGGUGCUGAUGAUGUCCUUGAGCUGCUAAAGUCUCCAGCAGUUCAUGAGAACAUGGGAGAAGAGGCAUCAAAGGCCCCAAAGCAGCUGCAGCCCACUGGAACUGAAAUUAUCUCAGAGACAGAGGGCCAAGAGAACAGCGAGGAACGUUCUCAGCAGGCUGGUGGAGACAUUGUGGAAAACAAUGUUUGCAAAGACCUUGCAGUUGCUGAGAGCAUCACACCUGAGGUGGAGGAGGUAGCAGAGGCCACACUGAUGUCAUCAGAUGUUCUGCUGUUAACACCAACCACACAGCCACACACAGAUCUGAUUGGGACCCAGGCGGAUGUGGUGGAUGGUGCUGAUGAUGUCCUUGAGCUGCUAAAGUCUCCAGCAGUUCAUGAGAACACGGGAGAAGAGGCAUCAUUAGCCCCACAGCAGCUGCAGCCCACUGGAACUGUAUUGUAUAGCAGAAACUGA